CUUUCUUAAAAAUUAUUUAAUCUAUAAAACAAAAAUAAUUAUAAAUAAAAAUAAAUAAUACAUAUUUAUAACAAAGGUGAAAAGGAAACAAAUAAAGGGGAAAGAAACCAGGACAGCUUUAUAUACGUCGAAGAAUCAGGGUUUUCAGGACAAUACCGAGUUUCGCUCUCCGUCUUCUAUCAAGAAUAUGCAAGAAGCAGCGUUAGGUAUGAUCGUAGGCGGAGGAGGAGAAGGAGACGCAGCCGUGGCGGCGGAGCAGAAUAGACAAAUGAAAGGUGAGAUAGCUACACAUCCCAUGUACGAGCAGCUUUUGGCCGCACACGUGGCAUGUCUGAGAGUGGCGACUCCCAUCGACCAGCUUCCGAUCAUUGAAGCUCAGCUUUCUCACUCUCAUCAUCUUCUCCGAUCUUAUGCUUCGACAGCCGUUGGAUUCUCGCAUCAUGAUCGUCAAGAGCUCGACAAUUUCUUGGCACAAUAUGUAAUGGUGUUGUGUAGCUUCAAAGAACAGCUUCAACAACACGUGAGGGUUCAUGCCGUCGAAGCUGUGAUGGCUUGCCGUGAAAUUGAGAACAACCUCCACUCUCUCACAGGAGCGACAUUAGGAGAAGGUUCCGGUGCGACGAUGUCCGAGGAUGAGGACGAUCUUCAUAUGGAUUUCUCAUCUGAUAAUUCCGGCAUUGAUUUUAGCGGGGGACACGAUAUGACGGGAUUUGGUCCAUUGCUUCCGACUGAAUCUGAAAGAUCUCUUAUGGAAAGAGUCAGACAAGAGCUGAAACUCGAACUCAAACAGGGUUUUAAAUCGAGAAUUGAAGAUGUAAGAGAAGAGAUAAUGAGGAAAAGAAGGGCUGGGAAAUUGCCUGGAGACACAACAACUGUCUUGAAAAAUUGGUGGCAACAACAUUGCAAAUGGCCUUACCCUACUGAAGACGACAAGGCAAAAUUGGUGGAGGAGACAGGAUUACAGUUGAAGCAAAUCAACAACUGGUUCAUUAAUCAACGCAAGAGGAACUGGCACAGUAACUCUCAUUCCCUCACUUCCUUGAAGUCCAAGCGCAAACACUGAUCUCUUAUUACUGGUAUACAAUUGCCACUACAUUUACAUAUGCUACUUACAUUCCGCAGUAUAUAAUUCCAUUGAUCUAGUAAUAACGAGGUGUGAUUAUGAAUAUCAUGUACUUAGCUUAUUUUACAUCCCAACCACUAAAAGGUUUGUUCUUUAAGUGAUUUACUUGUUGUUAUUGGAUUGUGAUUCAAUACGUGUAUGUUUUACUUUUUACUGCGAUUCAUCACAACAACUUUCACUUUC